GUACCUACUACUGUACAGCGUAGGUACAGAAGUGUAGUAAUAGUACAACAGUGUACAAUGUACCUUAGUUAUCACUGCAGCGCUUGCCCCCAGCCUGCGAGCACGUCAUGCGACACUUGCUCCUACUGACUGGUCCUGCGCACGCUCUGAACUGCCGGCUGCUCCACACAACUGACUCCCUCCCUCCGGGCUGGUUCUCGCCCGCCGUAACGACACCUCCAAGUCGACAUUUGAGCUUUUUCGCUCUUGACUCUUCGUCCGCAUGCUGCACAAUUCACGUUCUGUUCCCCAGAAACCUGCGAGUAUCAUCGGUCGUCCGGUCCUCCUUUGAUCGCACAUGUCCUUGAGCAUCCUCAUUUCCAAUCUUCAAGUCGUCGAGCUCAUCCCGCCAUUCGCCCGCCGCCACCAUGUCUGAGUCAGGUUCUUCGUCCACACCGCCCUUGAAGGACCCCAAACUCAGCGCGAUGAGCAAAGCUUUUGCUCGAGUCGACCUCGACGGGCAUGACCUGCCGCCGUCGCCUGCACCCUCUAGCCCCCGAGGCUCCCGUCAGUACUCCAUUGCAACGCAGCUGGUCUACUCCGAGGGCAAUGACCAGUAUAACGCAAGCAGUGUCCCCAUUUACCAGUCUGCUACCUUCAAGCAAACCUCUGCUAGCGGAGGCGCUCAAGACUAUGACUACACGCGUAGUGGAAACCCUACUCGCACACACCUUGAGAAUCACCUGGCGAAGAUCAUGCGUGCGAAGCGAGCCCUUGUUGUAUCCUCCGGGAUGGGUGCUCUUGACGUAUUGACUCGUCAGCUUCGACCCGGCGACGAGGUCGUGACAGGCGACGACCUGUACGGGGGCAGCCACAGAUUGCUGAAAUACCUCUCCACCCACGGUGGCAUCAUUGUCCACCACGUGGAUACCACCACACCGGAAAAAGUGCAGGAAGUUCUCAAUGAGAAAACCGCCAUGGUUUUGCUCGAGACACCGACAAAUCCAUUGAUCAAAAUCGUGGACAUCCCCACGAUUGCCAGCAUGGCGCACGCCGCCAACCCAUCGUGUAUUGUGAGCGUGGAUAACACCAUGCUUUCCCCACUCCUUAUGAACCCGCUGGAACUGGGGGCAGACGUUGUAUAUGAGUCAGGCACGAAAUAUCUCUCGGGCCACCAUGAUCUCAUGGCCGGAGUGUUGGCCGUCAACGACGAGGCUCUUGGUGAGAAAUUGUAUUUCACCAUCAAUGCUUCCGGUUGCGGCCUGGCUCCGUUUGACUGUUGGCUGUUAAUGCGGGGAAUCAAGACCUUGAAGGUCCGCAUGGAUGCGCAACAAAGCAAUGCCAUGAUGAUUGCCCACUUCCUCGAAAAUGCCGGGUUCAAGGUUCGAUAUCCUGGACUGAAAAGUCAUCCUCAGUACGACCUUUUCCAUUCCAUGGCUCGCGGACCCGGUGCGGUCUUGUCUUUUGAAACUGGCGAUAUCCAGUUGUCAGAGCGCAUUGUGGAGUCUGCCAAACUGUGGGCCAUCAGCGUCAGCUUCGGCUGCGUCAACUCUCUCAUCAGCAUGCCGUGCCGCAUGAGUCACGCCAGCAUCGACGCCAAAACUCGCAAAGAACGAGGGGUCCCCGAGGACUUGAUUCGUCUCUGUGUUGGCAUUGAGGACGGCGAGGAUCUCUUGGAUGAUUUGCGCAGCGCUUUGGUGCAAGCUGGAGCGAUGAACGUUACCCUUGAUGGCAUCUAUGCAAAGAAUGCCACUGUUGCUGAUGAGCAUCCUGAAGAAGGGGAACAUCUUGCCGCAGAAGCCGCCGCCAUCAACGAGCCCUAAGUCGGCGAUCCACCUGCAUCAUGUUACAACUCGGAAACCUCACUACUUGAGACAGAGCAGUUAGGAAGGGGUUAUAGAGCUUGGCGUGUGAUAUUGAAGGCAAAGGAUGGCCACUUUUGAAUCACCCCAGCUAGAAGGGCGAGAAAAAAGCAACCAUUACAACAUCCUACGAUAUAAGCAUAGCAUGACACGGUGAUGUGGUGUCAUUUGCUAUACGGGGGCGCAAAACUAACCUAGUGUUUUGGAGCAGCUUUUUGGUUUAGAGUUUAUCAUGUUUUGACUCGUUCAUAUCACGAAGCUGCUCGACAUAGAAAAAUCGGGACAAAAAAUCGGGACACCAGGUGAAUCUAGAUGUUCCGUCCGUUCAUCAUAAGGUUCCAAUUCCCUUGAUUGAUGUCGAUAGCUUUUCGAGGUCGGAAGCCUGAACAAAAUUCCUCGUUCCGUAGGGGAACCACAUGCCUGAAGUUGACCCGUUUUCACUUCUUUUCCACCGCCCGCGGAUGUCACUUCAUAUGAUGGUGGAUUGUGUCAUGUCAACCAUUCUGCCUAUGCCGGAGCCGGAAGUAGAUCCCCCGGCCGAGUCGAUGCCACAUAGUGCCAGUGGCGGCAGGCUAAGCUUGCUUGCUUGCUUGUCGGGUUCAAGUUGACUUAUUCGCCUUCCUUGGGCUAUGCUCCGAGCUGCAGCGCGGCACAGCACAUAUAACCACUUCAACUCUCUUGGACCCUAAGAGCUAGGAGCGGGCGCGGCAAACGGUUUGAAAAAGUCCGGAUCGGCUUCCAACUCUUCUCGGACCUGUUGCAAAAACGGAAAGCAGGCAUUGUCAGCCGAUGAAAUGGAAUAUGCCAGGUUUAAUCAUGGUAUGGCGAGGCGAGGCGUCCGUCGUUUUAGUGGACGAAACAAACUCGAAAUUGCGCUGCAUCCGUUGUAAAGAGGAAGCUCGGCGGACCGGCGCUCAGGAUGGAAAAGAAAAGGAAGGGGGUUUUGAGGGGGAGAGAUUAAGAGAUAGACGUACAAUAUCCAAACCACCGACCAGUUCGCCGUUUGUAUACAGUUGUGGGAAAGUGGGCCAAUCCGAAAAGACCUUUAGACCUUCGCGGACAUCGUUAUCGGCUAGGAUGUUGAAGAACCUGGAACGGAGAGACAUGAAGAAUUAGCAUGCCAUUCAUUACCACAUCAGUCCAAUAACAUGGCAAUAUGAUAGCAAUCCUCGAGCCAGGCUUGCGCCAGGAAAGGUUCGGUCUCCAAGUCGUGAGUCACACUUGUUGAGCCGCAAGGCGAAAAAAAGCAGUAAAGGACAAGCAGUACUCCUGGCAGCAGAAGUUAUGGCAUAAAACGUACCCGUAUUUAACUUGAUUCUCUCGCAGGAUGCUGACGAGCUGUCGACUGAACCCGCACUGCGGAGCACUCGGCGUUCCUUUCAUAAAGAGCAUAACUGGUCUGGAAAUAGGGACGAAAGCGUCAGUGUCAGUUUUGGUUUCCAAUCCAGUCCCAAAAAAAUUAAAGUACAUUUGAA